CCGGGCGGAGCGGGGAGCGAGCCCCCAGCCCCGGUGCUGCCGCGGUUGCCGACGGAGUGAGCGGCCGCCAAGCUGGGGUGCUGCGCUCAGGAGGAGCCCGAGACGUCGCUGCGGGCGGCCCGGGGCGCUGCUACCAUGAGGCGGCGUGGCGGGGGCUGCCUCUUGCCCGCGCCUCCGCAGCUCCUGCUGCUGCUGCUGGGAGCGCUGCUCCGCGCCAGAGGUAUUUCAAGUAGCACCGAAUGCUCCUGUGGACGUAAUCAUUUUACAUGUGCCGUCAGUGCUUUUGGUGAAUGCACGUGCAUCCCUGCUCAGUGGCAAUGUGAUGGAGACAAUGACUGUGGGGACCACAGUGAUGAAGAUGGCUGCAUGCUGCCCACUUGCUCCCCCUUGGACUUCCACUGUGACAAUGGGAAGUGCAUCCGCCGGUCGUGGGUCUGCGAUGGAGACAAUGACUGUGAGGACGAUUCUGAUGAACAGGACUGCCCUCCACGGGAGUGUGAGGAAGAUGAGUUCUCAUGUCAGAAUGGAUACUGCAUCCGCAGCCUGUGGCACUGUGAUGGUGACAACGACUGUGGUGACAACAGCGAUGAGCAGUGUGAUAUGAGAAAGUGCUCCGAGAAGGAGUUCCGUUGCAGUGAUGGUAGCUGCAUAGCUGAACACUGGUUCUGUGAUGGUGACACAGACUGCAAGGAUGGCUCGGAUGAAGAGAAUUGCCCAUCAGAUGUUCCAGCUGCCACUUGCAGUUUGGAAGAGUUCCAGUGUGCGUAUGGACGCUGCAUCUUGGACAUCUACCACUGUGAUGGUGACGAUGACUGUGGGGACUGGUCUGAUGAAUCUGACUGCUCAUCUCACCAGCCUUGUCGCUCUGGAGAGUUCAUGUGCAACAGUGGCUUAUGCAUUAACGCUGGCUGGAGGUGUGAUGGAGACUUUGACUGUGAUGACCAGUCAGAUGAGAGGAACUGCACUACAUCAAUGUGCACAGCUGACCAGUUCCGCUGUAAAUCAGGACGCUGUGUCCGUCUGUCCUGGCGUUGUGAUGGGGAAGAUGACUGCUCUGACAACAGCGAUGAGGAGAACUGUGAGAACACAGGAACCCCUCAGUGUGCCCCAGACCAGUUCCUGUGUGGGAACGGGCGUUGUAUUGGUCAGAGGAAGCUGUGCAAUGGAGCAAAUGAUUGUGGAGAUGGCAGUGAUGAGAGCCCGCAUCAAAACUGCCGUCCACGAACAGGGGAGGAGAACUGCAAUGUUAACAAUGGUGGCUGUGCUCAGAAGUGCCAGAUGGUACGAGGGAUGGUGCAGUGCACCUGCCACACAGGUUACAGGCUCCUGGAAGAUGGCCGAUCGUGCCAAGAUGUGAAUGAAUGUGCUGAGGAAGGUUACUGCAGCCAAGGCUGUACCAACAGUGAGGGAGGCUUCCAGUGCUGGUGUGAGCAAGGCUACGAGCUGCGACCUGACAAGCGUAGCUGCAAAGCUCUAGGGCCAGAGCCAGUGCUGCUCUUUGCCAACCGAAUAGAUAUCCGACAAGUGUUGCCUCAUCGCUCAGAGUAUACGCUGCUCCUGAACAACCUGGAAAAUGCCAUUGCCCUUGACUUCCACCACAGCAAGGAGCUGGUGUUUUGGUCCGAUGUCACUCUCGAUCGUAUCAUGAGGGCCAAUCUGAAUGGUAGCAAUGUGGAAGAGGUGGUUUCCACAGGGCUGGAGAGCCCAGGUGGGCUUGCUAUUGACUGGAUCCACGACAAAUUAUACUGGACAGACUCUGGGACGUCUCGAAUUGAAGUAGCAAACUUGGAUGGCACUCACAGGAAAGUGCUUUUGUGGCAGAACCUGGAGAAGCCUCGAGCAAUUGCCCUACAUCCUAUGGAGGGCACUAUCUACUGGACCGACUGGGGUAACACUCCCCGCAUUGAGUAUUCCAACAUGGAUGGCUCUAAUCGGCGCAUCAUUGCGGAUACACACCUCUUCUGGCCCAAUGGACUGACCAUUGACUAUGCAGGACAUCGAAUGUAUUGGGUGGAUGCCAAACAUCAUGUCAUUGAGAGGGCUGACCUCGAUGGGCGGAACAGGAAGGCUGUUAUUAGCCAAGGCCUCCCACACCCAUUUGCUAUCACCGUGUUUGAGGACAGUUUAUACUGGACAGACUGGCACACCAAGAGCAUCAACAGCGCCAACAAAUUCACAGGCAAGAACCAGGAGAUCAUCCGCAACAAGCUCCACUUUCCUAUGGACAUCCACACGCUGCAUCCUCAGCGCCAGCCAGCAGCAGGGAGAAACCGUUGUGGGACCAACAAUGGGGGCUGUACUCACCUCUGCCUGCCGAGCAGCAAGGAUUACACCUGCGCCUGCCCCACGGGCUUUCGCAAGACCAGCAGCCAUUCCUGCGCCCAGAGUCUUGACAAGUUCCUGCUUUUUGCCCGAAGGAUGGACAUCCGUCGGAUCAGCUUUGACACAGAUGACCUGUCAGAUGAUGUCAUCCCCCUUGCUGACGUUCGCAGUGCUGUGGCUCUGGACUGGGACUCAAAGGAUGACUAUGUCUACUGGACAGAUGUUAGCACUGACUCAAUCAGCCGAGCAAAAUGGGAUGGAUCAAGCCAGGAGGUUGUGGUGGAUACCAGCCUGGAAAGUCCAGCUGGACUGGCAAUUGACUGGGUCACGAACAAACUAUACUGGACUGAUGCAGGAACAGAUCGGAUAGAGGUCUCCAACGCAGAUGGAACCAUGAGAACUGUUUUAAUCUGGGAGAACUUAGACCGACCUAGAGAUAUCGUGGUGGACCCAGUUGGAGGGUUCAUGUACUGGACCGACUGGGGAGCCAGCCCAAAAAUUGAGCGUGCUGGUAUGGAUGCCUCAAACCGCUUGGUGAUCAUUUCCUCCAACCUGACAUGGCCAAACGGCUUGGCCAUUGACUAUGAGUCACAGCGCUUGUACUGGGCAGAUGCAGGCAUGAAGACCAUCGAGUAUGCCAGCCUGGAUGGAAGCAACAGGAAGGUGCUGAUUGGGAGCAAUCUGCCUCACCCCUUUGGACUUACUCUUUAUGGCGAGAGAAUCUACUGGACAGACUGGCAGGCCAAAAGCAUCCAGAGCGCAGAUAGAAGGACUGGGCAGGCUCGGGAAACGCUGCAGGACAAUCUGGAGAAUCUUAUGGAUAUUCAUGUUUUCCACCGGCACAGGCCACCAGUACAUACAGUGUGUGAAGUUAACAAUGGAGGCUGCAGUCACCUGUGCCUUUUGGCACCUCUUCCAAAAGGUUACAGCUGUACCUGUCCUACUGGGAUCAACCUGCAAUCUGAUGGCAAAACCUGCUCCCCUGGAAUGACGAGCUUUCUGAUCUUUGCCAGAAGGACUGACAUCCGAAUGGUCUCUCUGGAUAUUCCCUACUUUGCAGAUGUUGUUGUCUCCGUAAAUGUCACCAUGAAGAACACCAUUGCAAUUGGAGUGGAUCCUCGUGAAGGAAAGGUUUACUGGUCAGACAGCACACUGCGGAAAAUUAGCCGGGCUGCCCUUGAUGGCUCACAAUUUGAGGACAUCAUCACUACAGGUCUGUUGACUACAGAUGGGCUGGCUGUGGAUGCUAUUGGCAGAAAGUUAUAUUGGACAGAUACAGGAACAAACCGGAUUGAAGUGGGCAACCUUGAUGGCUCCAUGAGGAAAGUCUUGGUCUGGCAGAACCUGGACAGCCCUCGGGCAAUAGCUUUGUACCACGAGAUGGGGUAUAUGUACUGGACAGACUGGGGUGAGAAUGCGAAGCUGGAGCGCGCUGGGAUGGAUGGCUCUGGACGUGUGGUGUUGAUCAGCAACAACCUGGGCUGGCCUAAUGGACUGGCAGUGGAUAAGGCUGGGUCCCAGCUGCUCUGGGCUGAUGCACACACUGAGCGGAUUGAGGCUGCAGAUCUCAAUGGUGCUAACCGCCACACCCUGCUAUCUCCAGUGCAACAUCCUUAUGGCCUCACUUUGCUGGACUCCUACAUCUACUGGACUGACUGGCAAACUCGCAGCAUUCACAGGGCUGACAAGGACACUGGUGCCAAUGUCGUCUUGGUGAGGACAAACCUACCUGGCCUCAUGGACAUUCAGGCUGUUGAUAGGACACGGCCCCUGGGCUUCAAUAAAUGUGGAUUUCGUAAUGGUGGCUGCUCCCACCUUUGCUUGCCUCACCCCACUGGCUUCUCCUGUGCUUGCCCCACUGGCAUCCAGCUGAAGAGAGACGAGCAGACAUGUGACUCUUCUCCAGAAACCUACCUACUUUUCUCUAGCCGUGCUUCCAUCCGUCGUAUCUCAUUGGACACCAGUGACCACACAGAUGUGCACAUACCUGUCCCUGAGCUGAACAACGUCAUUUCUCUGGACUAUGAUAGUGUGGAUGGCAAGAUCUACUACACAGAUGUAUUUCUUGAUGUCAUCAGGCGGUCUGAUCUGAAUGGCAGCAACAUGGAAACUGUCAUUGGUCAGGGUCUGAAGACCACAGAUGGCCUGGCAGUAGACUGGGUUGCCAGGAACCUCUACUGGACAGACACAGGACGCAAUACCAUAGAAGUAGCUAGACUGGAUGGAAGCUGCAGGAAAGUGCUGAUCAACAACAGCCUGGAUGAGCCCCGAGCUAUUGCUGUCUUUCCCAAGAAGGGAUACCUCUUCUGGACAGAUUGGGGUCACAUUGCUAAAAUUGAACGGGCAAACUUGGAUGGCUCUGAACGUAAAAUCCUGAUUAACACUGACCUAGGAUGGCCAAAUGGAUUGACUUUGGAUUAUGACACCAGGAGAAUUUACUGGGUGGAUGCACAUCUUGAUCGCAUAGAGAGUUGUGAUCUCAAUGGGAAGCUGCGGCAAGUGUUGGUCAGCCAGGUGUCACAUCCCUUUGCUCUGACGCAGCAGGAUAGAUGGAUAUACUGGACUGACUGGCAAACCAAAUCUAUCCAGAGAGUGGACAAAUACUCUGGGCGGAACAAAGAGACAGUCCUGGCCAACGUUGAGGGACUGAUGGAUAUCAUUGUGGUUUCACCUCAGAGACAGACAGGUACUAAUGCUUGUGGAGUGAACAAUGGAGGCUGCACUCACCUCUGCUUUGCCAGGGCUUCUGACUUUGUCUGCGCAUGUCCGGAUGAACCAGAUGGGCGGCCCUGUUCUACUAUUCCUGGUGUGGUGCCCCCUCGUCCUGAACCCACCAGUGCAAGUGAGAGAAGUCAGACACCACCUGGCAGAGUAGGAACCUCAACAACCAAACCUCUCACAUCCCUGGAAGCAGUGCAAGGAAACUGCUCGGACAAAGAUGCUAGGCGAGGCUUGUGUACCCAUGCCAAUGAGGCAGUGUUAGCAACCAUGGGAGAAGGACUGCAUGUCAGCUACAUUAUUGGAGGUCUUCUCAGCAUCUUGUUUAUUUUGCUGCUUAUUGCUGCUUUAGUUGUAUAUAGGCAUAAUAAGUCCAAGUUCACAGACCCUGGCUUGGGGAACCUGACCUACAGUAAUCCCUCAUAUCGAACGUCUACCCAGGAGGUGAAGAUUGAAGCAAUUCCCAAACCAACCAUGUACAACCAGUUGUGCUAUAAGAAAGAGGCUGGUCCUGACCACAGCUACACCAAGGAGAAGAUCAAGAUUGUGGAGGGGAUAUGCCUUUUAUCCAGUGAUGAUUCCGAGUGGGAUGACCUUAAGCAGAUUCGGAGCUCCCGAGGAGGGAUCCUCCGGGACCACGUCUGCAUGAAGACAGACACGGUUUCUAUCCAGGCUAGUUCUGGUUCACUGGACGACACCGAAACUGAGCAGCUGCUACAGGAAGAACAGUCUGAAUGCAGCAGUGUUAACACAGCAGCAGCCACUCCUGAACGGCGUGGCUCACUCCCAGACACAGGCUGGAAACACCAACGCAAGCCCUCCACGGAGAGCAAGGUCUAAAGUACGUGUGACUUUGGAAGUGCUCGUACCCUCCCUCGCCUCUGCUCUGCACGAAAGACAAGACUCUGCCUGCUAGGCAAGGAAGGGCACAGAGACCAGCCUCUCUUGCGAGGGGCUCAGAGACUGUGUUUGCCUUUUAGCAAGGAGCCUGGGCAGCUGUGCUGUUGUGGUUGGAGAGGGAAGAUGGGUGGGUUGGAACCCUUUUGGCUCAUUUUCACUGUCUGUGGUUUAUUUAUAUGUUCCUUUUUCCUGGAAGCUGCCACAUUAACUUUUGCAGUGACUCCUCUGGCCUGAAUCUGGUUCAGAUUCUGUGUUCUCUGGCAACCGCCAAGUCCUGUGCCAUCCAGGUCAUAAUCGAUGCCCAUGAAGAGAGCAGAGCUGCCUCAUCACUAUCUCCUGGUCACAGAAGUUCCCCUAGUCAUGCCAGCACUAGCAGCACUCUUUGAGGCUUUGUGUUGAGUGAUAUCUGGCUUGAGAGAGGUCUUGGAAUAGAUGGGGUAUACUUUGGGGCUCAAGGGGACCCUGGUACAGCAUCAGGUCACCUUUUAAAGGCACAAAGUGAGUAACCACAGUUGCCGUGACUCGUUUCAUGAGAGCAUCACUGCUUGCUUUCCCAUCUGCUAGUAAAAACUGUAAGGAAUGCUCAGAUUGGAGCGCUGUGUCUAUUGCUGGCAGUAGACACUGCUCCUGUUCUCCCCUUUCCUGUUAAAACAUGUUUCUGCUCUGGAAAAACAAGAGUCAGCAAAUGGCCCUUUCAGAGCUGCUCCCUGUGGGUACUGGAGUCCGAGUGCUGUACAUGAGGAAAGAGGAGAUUGGUAUAGCUCUUAGCUCUACAGAGAUAAUGGGAGGAAAUGGAUCUCAUCAAGACCCAAAUUCUACACUUGUCGUUGCAUAACUGACAUAAAACAAAAUAAAAAAGAAAAUUUUCUAA